UACGUACCCGGAAGUAGCGGAGCCGCUGGCCGGAAUACCACGCUGGUCUUCUGCUGCUGCGGCCAGUAGCUGCGCACGCAGCCAGCCCCCAUCCUGACGUCAGGGCGGGUGACGUGUCUGCGGGGAGAGAAGCAGGAAGUGAAUCCUGUGAUUGUGGAUCCUGCGCUGCUGGUAACGUAAUGGCGAGACCGCUGUGCACUGCGCUGCUGGUUCUGCUGCUGGCAGCCACCGCCUCCAUCCCGAGGCCCGCAGCAGCCUUCUACCUGCCGGGCCUUGCCCCAGUUGCCUUCUGCGAGACAAAGGACGCCUCUGGGUCUGAGUGUAAGUCUGAAAUCGAGGUGUUCGUGAACCGACUGGACUCGGUAGAAUCUGUUCUCCCUUAUGAAUAUGCUGCCUUUGAUUUUUGCCAAGAAGCAAAAGAGAAGCGACCAUCUGAAAAUCUGGGUCAGGUGCUGUUUGGUGAAAGAAUUGAACCCUCUCCAUACAAGUUUAAAUUUAAAGAAAAUAAAAAAUGUGUGGAAGUGUGUACCAAAACGUACGAUACUAACCAAGCACCAAGUAAGCAGAUUCUGGAAUUCUUGAAGAAAAGUAUGCUACUGAACUACCAGCACCACUGGAUUGUCGACAACAUGCCAGUUACAUGGUGUUACGAAGUAGAAGAGAAACAGAAGUUUUGCAAUCCUGGAUUUCCUAUUGGUUGCUACAUAACAGAAGAUGGCCAUCCUAAAGAUGCAUGUGUAAUAAAUUCUGAAUUUCACGAGAGAGAUACAUUUUAUAUCUUCAAUCAUGUGGACAUAACAAUCUUUUACCAUAUUGUUGAGAAUGAAGGACACGAAGCACGAUUAGUAGCUGCUAAACUAGAACCCAGAAGCUUCAAGCAUACACAUGACGACAAACCCGACUGCUCCGGGCCUCCAAUGGAAAUUAAGAAUACACAAACUGGAGUUAUUAAAAUCCACUAUACAUAUUCUGUGACAUUUGAAGAGGAAAAAAACAUCCGAUGGGCAUCUAGGUGGGAUUACAUUCUAGAAUCUAUGCCUCACACACACAUUCAGUGGUUUAGCAUAAUGAAUUCCUUAGUGAUUGUUCUCUUCCUCUCCGGUAUGGUUGCCAUGAUUAUGCUAAGAACACUGCACAAAGAUAUUGCAAGAUAUAACCAGAUGGAUUCCACAGAAGAUGCUCAAGAAGAGUUUGGUUGGAAACUGGUGCACGGUGAUAUUUUCAGGCCACCCAGGAAGGGAAUGCUGCUAUCUGUUUUCCUUGGUUCUGGCGCGCAGAUCUUAAUUAUGACAUUUGUCACUUUGUUUUUUGCAUGCCUGGGAUUUUUGUCUCCUGCCAAUAGAGGUGCUCUGAUGACAUGCGCUGUGGUCCUGUGGGUACUGCUUGGCACUCCGGCUGGUUAUGUAGCUUCCAGAUUUUACAAAUCAUUUGGUGGUGAGAAGUGGAAAACCAAUGUCCUGCUGACCUCAUUUCUCUGUCCUGGGAUUGUGUUUGCAGAUUUCUUCCUGAUGAACUUAAUUCUUUGGGGAGAAGGUUCCUCGGCCGCAAUUCCAUUUGGUACUCUUGUGGCUAUCUUGGCAUUGUGGUUUUGCAUCUCUGUUCCACUUACCUUUAUUGGGGCUUAUUUUGGAUUUAAGAAGAAUGCCAUUGAAAACCCGGUCCGCACCAAUCAGAUCCCUCGUCAGAUUCCAGAGCAAUCAUUUUACACAAAGCCAUUACCUGGUAUAAUAAUGGGAGGAAUUUUGCCCUUCGGGUGCAUCUUCAUACAACUUUUCUUUAUUCUUAAUAGUAUUUGGUCCCAUCAGAUGUAUUACAUGUUUGGAUUCUUGUUUCUCGUAUUUAUUAUAUUAGUCAUUACAUGCUCAGAAGCAACAAUAUUACUUUGCUACUUUCACCUGUGUGCUGAGGACUAUCAUUGGCAGUGGCGUUCGUUCCUGACAAGUGGCUUUACUGCUGUGUAUUUCCUUGUUUAUGCGGUACAUUAUUUUUACUCCAAAUUGCAAAUUACAGGAACAGCGAGUACCAUAUUGUAUUUUGGGUACACUAUGAUCAUGGUUCUUAUCUUCUUCCUUUUCACUGGAACAAUUGGAUUCUUUGCUUGCUUUUGGUUUGUGACGAAAAUUUACAGCGUUGUUAAAGUGGACUGAACAAUAGCCACAGUAUGUGUGAAGAAUGCUAGGGGAACUUUAUUACAAAAUACUUGGAAUGAUGAAGAGUUCUUUCAUUUGCAGUAUUGACAUCUUUGUGGAAAACAGAAACACAAAACACAGUCCAAUUAAGCAUUAUUUGUUUUUCAAACACAAAACUUUUUUUGCUUUCUUUGCUCCUUUGCAUUGUAAUGUCGUAAUUGAAGAAGUUCAAUAAGUAUGUUUUUGUAAAUAUAACUAUGCUGUAUUUGGGAUUGACACUUCUAACAGCAGAGAGGAGGUAUAUGUAUUACACGAAUAUCAGUACUAUUAAUAAACUUUGUCUGUAAAUACAGUUUUGCUUUUAGACUCAAUAUUGGAUUAAUUAUUAUUGAAACAAGAUACAAGUUACGACAAUGUGAAAUUUGUUUUCUAUAACGUUUUGCUUUGAACUCUGGUUUGAAUAUUAUUAUUUUUUAUACUGGGUGAAAUGUCCUUCCUUACAUUGGUUUCUUUUGAUCAUUAUAUUCCAUUUAGUGAUUUGAAGACUACAAAACUAUGUGCCUCUAAGUUUCUGGAUUUUUAAAUUUGUAAUCUUAAUAAAUACUGUAAAAAUA